AUGGGUCUAUGCAGUACAAAGUGGUUAGUGCUAUGGUCUCUGUGGGCGGCCCGACUUCUCCCCCAGCCGACACUAGUAAUCCAGUUGAGCAAUGGACCUGUGAGGGGGACCAUCUCUCCUGAUGGAUCACAUACACAGUACGCAGGCAUACCUUACGCCACUAUCAGACAAAGAUUUCAGAGUCCUGGCCCACAUCCGACAUGGGAUAAUGUUUUCGAUGCCAUAAAUGAACACAAACAUUGUUUCCAAAGUAUAGAAGACACUGUGAUGACAGGCACCAAACAGUGCCUCAUACUAAACGUUUACAACCCUCUGAAUACUACCCCUGAUGCCAAACUACCAGUUAUGGUUUAUUUCCACGGUGGUGGAUUUUUCAAGGGUUCAAGCGGUAGUCUCCUGUAUGGGCCAAAAUACUUGGUCCCCAAAGGCGUGAUACUUGUCACUGUCAACUAUAGAGUUAACAUUCAGGGGUUUCUGUGUUUACGCAUCAGAGAAGCUCCAGGGAAUGUUGCCAGUCUCUUAGCCAAGGUGAUGUUGUUUGAAUCACAGGACCCUUAUGAUUUAUACAACUAUUUUAUGACAAAGUCAGAUGCUGAUUUGAUACUAACCAGGGUGCCGAGAAAGGAAGGGAAUCUUAUCGCUUCAGAAAUACUUUAUACACCUUGUGCUGAGAAAUUAAUAGAGGGUGAAGAACCAUUUUUAACAAAGUCACCACUUGAUAUCUUAAUUAAAGGCGAUUACAACAAAGUGCCAGUGAUGAUAGGCGGCAAUAAUGAAGAAGGUCUUUUACUUUUUGCUAUGGAUAACGCUACUAUGACACGUCGCAUUACAUUUGAGAAAUCAGUACCAAAAAAUUUGGAAUUUCCAUCUGAAAAUGUCAAAAUGGAAGUAGCACAAAAACUAAAGAGGUUAUAUAUGGAAGGCGAUAAAAUGCCUAUGGAAGGAGAAACACUGUCUCAAAAUGCUUCAGUGAGGUUAUCAAGGUUGAUGGGAGAGGUGGGUAUCAAUUAUCCUGCACUUGAAGAAACUGAAUUACUGUUGAAGACGAAUAAUAAUCCUAUAUACAACUAUAUGUUUCAAUACUAUGGCAAUAGGAAUAUACCUAUGUUGUUGAUGUCAUCAAAAUUGAGAGGCGUGAAAGGCGCUACUCAUGCCGACGAUAUAUUUUACAUAUUCUCACAAACUAUCAUCCCGACGACGAUUUUCGAGAACAACAUGAUCGAAAGCAUGACAACCAUGUGGACGAAUUUUGCAAAAUAUGGAGACCCCACACCGGACUUCACGAAUCCUCCGGUAAAGUGGCAUCGGACGAACAGCACAACACCUACAGCUCUGGUGAUAGACUCAGAGUUCAGCACAGCACCUCUGUGGUACAACGACAGAGUUAAAUAUCUCAGAGAACUGUACUCGAAGUUCCGGAGAAAAGGAUAA